ACGACCUUUGUGCACACGUGCACUCAAGCAGCUGUGUGGCCGGCCGUGGACGUACGUCCAAUGCAUAGUUCAUUGUGUACGGUACCAGUUUUGUAUACAAUUUAUACAGGAAGCUAGCGAGUUGGUCGUUCACUUCAUUCAAGUAUAAUCUAGUGACACUGCCAGUUGUUGUUCACCCCAUAGUUCUAUCGAGAUAAAAAAAAAGUUGGAAACCUAAAGCCCAUCUCUGAAGUACAUCAUGGACACAGAAUAUCUGAAGCGGAACUUGGGCAUUUGCUUGACCAGCGCCUUGGCUGAAGUUGCUGAGAAACGGCCCAUGGACCCAAUUGAGUACAUCGCACAGUGGCUCUACAAGUUCAAAGACAAUGAACGCUAUGCAGUUGAGGAAGAAGCUCGAAGUAAACAACUAAUCAUUGAGAGGGAGGAAGCUGAGAAAGAGAAAGUUCAACAAGAAAUCAUGAGAAGAGAAGCAGAGAAACUAGCUCAAGAGGAAGCUGAAGCCAAGAAGGCUGAGGAACCACCACCAGAAGCACCUGUGGAAGAAGACAAGACAACACUAGCUAAAGAACGGAGCAAUCUCCCAGGUGCCCCAAACCUUGAGACUGUUCCAGAGGGGGAAGAACAACAAGAGGAAGAGCCAGUGGGUCAAGAAGGCAAUGGACAAGUAGAAACCAAAGAGGAAGGAGAUAAAGAAGAAGAGAAAGAUGCGGAGGGUGAUGAGGAAGGAGCAACUGAUGAACCUGAGGCAGAGGCUGUAGAUGAGAGGGAAGAAGGUGAUGGAGAGCAGCAAACUGCCGAAGUAGAACAAGAAGCAGAUGAAACUGGCUAGUCCCUCCCUGUGUUAAUCUGUUGGCCACUUUAUGUAAAUACAUGUAUGUAAACAAGUCUUCUGUGGUAAUAUAAGUGUUAGAUCGAAGUUUUCCCAAACAUGCAGAUAAAAUCUACAUUUAAACUGCUGGGUUUUAUGUCAAACGGAGACUCACUUUUGUAAAAGGAAUUAACCAUUGAAUUUCACAGUGUUUUUGAGUAUGUAUUGGGCGGUUGGAUUUGUAUGUACUGAAUUCAUCACACACGUCAGAAUCACCAAGUCCGUGUGCAGUGAGGUUCUUUACAUGCAUGGCUGGCAUGGGUGGCUAGUGCGUAAAGUGCUAGUCUCUCACCAGUGUGCCCCAGGUUCGAUUCCUGGCUUUGACCAUAUGGGAGUAGAGUUGUGCAUUGAUUCUCUCCUGCCACAAGGAGUUUUGUGUGGGUCCUCUGGUUUUCCUCCCUCUUUCGUGAAAAUCAAACACUUUGGAUCUCAGCUUAGCUCCCUGGUCAUAAAUGGGUAGUAUGGCAGUAGCAGUAGGUGCCUUCACAUGCCUUCGGCUCGACCAAGAUGUAACCACGUCUUUCGCAAUUCAGCUUCACAGCUGCGAGUAAGGGUAAUUAGCCCCCCUCCCAAAUUAUUAAGUUAUUACAAUUAUUAUGUUCUUGGGUCUUACAUUUUUUUUUUAAACUCCAGUUAAAACAUUUCUUUAUCUUGUUUAUCAACAUUUGUAUUAAAGACGGAAGGAAUCCGAGGUUGGGCUUUAUAGUCAUUCCCCUCAAAUAGAACUUGUGUGUUGCAGGUGUCU